AUGUAUUGUAAGGAACCUGAAUCUUCGGAAGAUUAAAUUACUUAUUUUGGUGAAUAUAAUAAAAAAGGGAGGAAGGUAGGUAAAUGGAGUAUUAGAUGGAAUGAGAAAGGAUAGAAUAAAUAAAUGUAAAUAUUAAUAUAUAUAGUAAUAAUAUCUUAGUGGCGGUGGAUCUUUUGAUGAAUAGGGAAUUAAGAUUGGAAGGUGGAUGGAAUUAUGUGAAGGUUUUAAUAGUGAGAAAUAAGUCACUUAUAAUGGUGAAUAUAAUUAGAAAGGUAUGAAAGUAGGUAGAUGGGAUAUUAAUUAUUGUGAGGAGGGCAAGUAAGAAUAUAAAUUAAUGUAAAUAUGAUAUAAGUAUAGGUAAUUAUAUUAUGUUAGUGGUGGUGGAUCUUAUGGUGAGGGAGUGAAUUAGAUUAAGAUUGGAAAAUGGGUAGAAUUGGAUGAAGGGUUUGGAGAUGGAAUUGGAUAAAAUAAAAUCACUUAUAAUGGUGAAUAUAAUAUGAAAGGAAUGAAGGUAGGAAGAUGGGAUAUUAGUUAUGAUAAGAAUGAUGGAAAUGGAUAAAAAUAAAUGUAAAUAUUUUAUAAGAAUAGGUGAUUAUAAAAUGUUAGUGGUGGUGGUUCAUAUGGUGAGGGAGAUGGUUAAAUUAAGAUUGGUAAGUGGGUAGAGUUGUGGGAGAAUUUUGGAUUUCUAUCUUAAAUCACUUAUAGUGGUGAAUAUAAUAAGAAGGGUAUGAAAGUAGGUAGAUGGGAUAUUAAUUAUUGUGAUUGGGGGAUGGAUUAAUACAAAUAAAUGUAAAUAUAUUAUAAGUAUAUUAAAUUAGUGGUGGUGGAUCCUAUGCUGAGGGAGAUGGUUAGAUUAAGAUUGGUAAGUGGAUAGAGUUGGAUUAAGGGUUUGAAAGAGAUAAAAAAGUCACAUUUAAUGGUGAAUAUAAUAUGAAAGGUGUGAAAAUUGGGAUAUGGGUGGAAAUGGAUAUUGGUGAAAAUAAGAAACGUGGCGAAAAAAAAUAUAAGAAUUGAAU